AUGCAGUGGCUCCUCGCAACGAUUUUCGUCAUUCUUUCUCCUGCUGAGCUGCGUGUCUCGAAGCAGAGCACGACUGGACAGCAGAGUAGCCACCCAGUGCCCCAACCAGCAGCUGAAACGGGUGCCAGACAUCUGCAGGACUGUGAGGUGAUUGGCUGGGCCGAACUCUGUGAACGAAAGAAGUUGACGGCCGGGUCGUGCUUUCAACUUCAGCCCACCGCGGCAGCUCCACUCUGCGAGCUGCAAGGGCCCCACGGGCGCCACGGGGCGCCUGCGCACCUGCGGGCAGCUGCAGCGGGAAUUCUGACCUUGACAUCCGGGGAGCUACACAUCAGCGGGCAAAUUCAGAUGACUUCGCUCCGCCUGGCAGCCAAGACUGUGAACUUUGCAGAUGCUCACGUGGAAGCGUGGCAUGAAGUUCCAUCCGACCCAAACUCCACCGCAUCUGGUGGCGCCUUUUUCAGCGAGGGGUCAUUCACUUUGACCAGAUCCCGCCUGACAGUGAGAGAUGUUCGGGCUACAACUAUGGAUGGUGGUGGCUUCGCAGCGGACGGAGACCUGAAUGUGUGCCAAGACUCUGAAGUCGUGAUCGAGAGCGUUUCAGCAAAGUCUGGUGCUGGCUUCCUUGCCAUGGGAAAUGUCUACAUUUCGGACGACUCAAUGAUCUUUAUUCAGAAUGCCAGAUCCACCAAAAGCGGAGGUGGCUUCUCAACCAAAAAACGCCUGCGAGUGUCCAACAGCUCAGUUGUGAGCCUUGAGAACGUGACCGCCGGAAGUCAUGGAGGAGCUUUCACUGCCCUUGGAGAUGUUGAGAUAGCUGGCCACUCGACAGUCAACAUGUCCAACAGUCACGCUGAAACAGGACAUGGUGGAGGUUUUGGCACUGAAAAGGGCUUGAAGGUGUCCAACGGCUCAAGACUCAUCAUUCGAAAUGCGACAGCUGGAAAUUCUGGAGGAGGCUUCUAUGCCAAAGGGAGGGCUUUGAUCAGCAGGUCCACAGUCAGCAUCCAAAAUGCCACGGCCCAGCAGCAUGGUGGAGGGUUUGGUGCAUCUGAUGAGGUUGUCAUUGAAGAGAUGUCAAGCGUCAGCAUUUACAGUUCAAGAUCGGAAAAAGCUGGCGGAGGCUUCCAUACGUCCAGACGCUUGCAGGUGACCAACAGCUCAGUUGUCAGCCUUCAGAAUGUGACCGCUGGAAGUCAUGGAGGAGGCUUCAUUGCUUUUGGAGAGGUUGAGAUAGCUGGCCACUCGACGGUCAACAUUUCCAACGGUCACGCUGAAUCAGGAGAUGGAGGAGGUUUUCGCAUUGGAAAGGGCUUGAAGGUGUCCACCGGCUCAAGACUCAUCAUUCGGAAUGCGACAGCUGGAAAAUAUGGAGGAGGAUUCUAUGCCAAGGGGAGGGCUUUGAUCAGCAGGUCCACAGUCACCAUUCAAAAUGCCACGGUGCAGCAGUCUGGUGGAGGGUUUUAUGCAUCUGAUGAGGUUGUCAUUGAAGAGAUGUCAAGUGUCAGCAUUUACAGUUCAAGAUCGAGAUGGGGAGGAGGCUUCUUUACGGACAGGCGCUUGCAGGUGACCAACACCUCAGUUGUGAGCCUUCAGAACGUGGCCACACAAAAAAAUGGAGGAGGUUUCAAUGCCCUUGGAGAGGUUGAGAUAGCUGGCCACUCGACGGUCAACAUUUCCAACAGUCAAGCUGAAACAGGAAGGGGUGGAGGUUUUCGCUCUGAAAAGGGCUUGAAGCUGUUGACGGGCUCAAGAAUCAUCAUUCGGAAUGCGACAGCUGGAAAAUAUGGAGGAGGAUUCUAUGCCAAGGGGAGGGCUUUGAUCAGCAGGUCCACAGUCGCCAUUCAAAAUGCCACGGUGCAGCAGUCUGGUGGAGGGUUUUAUGCAUCUGAUGAGGUUGUCAUCGAUGAGAUGACAAGCGUCAGCAUUUCCAGUUCAAGAUCGGAAAAAGCUGGCGGAGGCUUCCAUACGGACGGACGCUUGCAGGUGACCAACAGCUCAGUUGUCAGCCUUCAGAAUGUGACCGCUGGAAGUCAUGGAGGAGGUUUCAAUGCCCUUGGAGAGGUUGAGAUAGCUGGCCACUCGACGGUCAACAUUUCCAACGGUCACGCUGAAACAGGAGAUGGAGGAGGUUUUGACACUGAAAAGGGGUUGAAGCUGUUGACGGGCUCAACGCUCGCAAUUCGGAACGCGACUGCUGGAAAUCUUGGAGGAGGAUUCUACAACAAGGGCAAGACCUUGAUCAGCAGGUCCACAGUCACCAUUCAAAAUGCCACGGCCCAGCAGCAUGGUGGAGGGUUUUGUGCUUCUGAUGAGGUUGUCAUCGAUGAGAUGACAAGCGUCAGCAUUUCCAGUUCAAGAUCGGAAAAAGCUGGCGGAGGAGGCUUCCAUACGGACGGACGCUUGCAGGUGACCAACAGCUCAGUUGUCAGCCUUCAGAAUGUGACCGCUGGAAGUCAUGGAGGUUUUGACACUGAAAAGGGCUUGAAGGUGUCCAACGGCUCAAGACUCAUCAUUCGGAAUGCGACUGCUGGAACUUCAGGAGGAGGAUUCUAUACCAAAGGCAAGACCUUGAUCAGCAGGUCCACCGUCAGCAUUCAAAAUGCCACGGCCCGGCAGCUUGGUGGAGGGUUCAGUGCUGAAGGAGUCACAGUUAUCCAGGAUUCUACCGUGGCCAUGUUCAGCACGGAUGCCGGGGCACAUGGUGGUGCUUUUUCUGUGUUUGGUUUGACUUUGCACAGAAGUCAAUUGUCGGCCAGCCACUCCACAGCGCUCGGAUCGGGUUUCGGAGGUCGUGUAGAUGGUCAAGUGCUUCUUUCAUCUGAAUCCAACUUGGUGGUGAAGGAUGCCCAAGGUCUCGACAAUUCCAGCGUGCUGGCAGCAGGUUGCCUCCACCUGCAUGAUCGGUCACACAUUCUCUUUGAAGAUGCCCUUGGUGGCCAUGGGGUGGAGCUGCAAAAUAGUGGAUGCUCUGACGUUUGCUUAAACAGUACGUUCUAUGUCGAAGCGGAUGCAGCCCUCAACGCCAGUGGUCGCUUGAGCUCCGGUUUUCUCUCCCUUGCGUCCUGCCCGAAGGAGAAGGUACGUCUGUCAGGCAUCCACCUGCACUCCUGGUCCAGCGCGUUGCUCAGCACCCGGCCCAGUUCUGUGGUGGUCGACCAAGUGACUAUCGACUACGAGCCACCCAUCGACAAUUUGCGGGUCCUGGCUGCCAAGGAUGGCUUUGAGAUCGACUCUUUGACGGUUUCCUGCUGGAACUGCCCAUGGGGCGUGACUUUCAACGCUACGAAGGACAGAAGUCUGAAAGCCGUGAGCUCUGAAUAUCUCAAAUGCUCCAAGACCGUCACAGCGUCCAAAGGCCUGACGCAACGUUGCAAGUGUUCCAACUACCAGAUUGUAACCGAGCACUUCCGCGGUGUAGAUAUGGUGCCCUUGGAAAGCAGUUCCCAGACGUGCAUGUUCUGCAAACCUCACUUCCAUGUUCAGAAUGGCGAUUGCCGGAAGUGUGGAAUCUUCAAUGCUUGGUCUGAUGGAAAGAAGGAUGUUUGUCACGUUCUGCCACGCCAGAGCUCAGCAGAGUUGUUCGCACUUUUGGCAGGUGCAGCUGUCGUGGUCAUUUUAACCUUCCUUGCUUUUGAGAUUUUGCAUGCUCCUUUGAUGAUCGUGGAUGCGAAAUCAUAUUUGGACCCAAGGCAAGCUGAAAGCAAAACAAUUUUCACAUUUUCCGUGCAGGGGCCGAUUGUUGAUCUUCCCAAAAGCCUGUCUCGAUUGGUGAACCGAAGGGUGCGUUUUCGGGCAAGGGGAACAGGAUUGAUAUGGCUAGACUAUGACCAGAAGAGGUCCAACACAAUCAAAGUUCGCAGUAUUGCACGCAGAAAGCUUUUGCUGCAAGACACGAGUCCCCCGUUUUCUUGCGCUACGUGCAAGGGUUCUUUGCACGCUGCUGAUUUUUUUUAUCUGCUCGGCAUGCUGACUGUGUGCAUAUUGUUUGUCGCAAUGCUGCCUGUAAUCAUCAAAGCAGCAGUCAUAUCCGGAAACGGUGUGGGACAUGUCUUCGUUACUGCAAUUUAUGUGUCUCUUCCUCUGGUUGCUGUUGCUGCGCUGCUGCACUUCCCAAUCGCGUGGCUGAUCCAACGGCUAUAUCGUAGAACGUCAUUUUCGGAGGCUUUGGAUGAGUACAGGAAGCAGAUCAACUGCAAGCCAUUUCCAGGGCCUGAUGGAACCCAUCCCCGCAACCAGGGCUUGCAGGUUCUGACUUUGCGGGGCUUGUGGAUGCACUUCGAGAGCUUUAUUCUCGAGCGCAAUAUGCACUUUGUGGUUGCCAACAUAGUGAGGCCCCUAACGCAAAGCAAAAGAGUUUCCUUUGUAAGUCUUUGGGGUGGCAGGCAGGUGGAUUACUUUGUGUCCCAUUCCUGGGGCACCAGCUUUCCGCACUUCGUGCAUUCCAUCCAAUGCCAUGCGUUGUCCAAAGAGGGCCCCACUUCUUGGAUUGAUGCAGCAUAUUGGAUAUGUUCGUUUGCGAACAACCAGUGGAGAAUUGAAGCCGAACUGGGAAGUGAUCCCAUGGAGAGCGCCUUUGCACUCGCCUUGACAGCGGGAAUCAAGGGAGUCGCGAUGGUCAUGGACCAGGAAGCGCAGCCUCUCACAAGAGUUUGGUGUCUGUUCGAAUUUUUCCUGUCCAGCCGUCAGCACUUGGACCUGGUCUUCGUCACCAAUGUUGGCGUGGUGGGUGAUGAUGGUUGCAGCUCCUUUGACGUUGCGUUGGAGAUGGGCAAGAAGAUAGAGUCGUUGCAGGUUCAAACGUGUGAGGCAUCUUCGGAGGAAGAUAAGAAAGACAUCUUUCAGUACAUCAUCUCGGAGUUGGGAAGCCUUGAGCGAAUGGACGAGCAAAUCCGAGCACUCAUGGCUGAAAUGCUGAUGCGAAAUUUGGCCAACGUGGAAAAGGCAACUGGAAGUCUUGUGGACCGUCUCGGCCAGGGCAGCGCAACAGUCGCAACAGUGUAUGAAGAGCGGUUUUAAUCAUAUAUUUUCCAUUUAGACAGUCUUGUACAUGUUGUGACUUCUUGAGCACGCACAAGGCCGUGACUCGUCAGAGCUGACCCACAGCUGGCAGCGAAUGAGUUUUGGCAUCUCACAGCAUGUCG